CCUUGCCUGAGCAGGCUUGCUUGGCAAGCUGGGACAUGUCUGGUCCCCGAGGACCUUCCAUGGGUGAUGGCUGCAGUGUUGGAGGGGCUGGAGCCGGAGGAAACUGCAGCUGCUGCAGAGGAUGCUGCAAGAUCCGCUGUGGAGGCUGUGGAAUCCAGGCCCGGGGCACCUUUUCUCCUGGUUGGGAACCAGCUGAACUUAGACGUGCACCCGGGGGGCUGCCAUCGGCUGCAGUACCUGUGUUCCCAGCAGCCCCCAGAGCUGCUGCAGGUGGAGUUCUUGCGACUCAGUACCCACGAGGACCCUCGACUGCUAGAUGACACCCUAGCCCAGGUUCCUUGGAGUCUGUUGCGCCUUCGCUCCCUGGUCCUCAAAGGCGGCCAGAGCCGGGGCGCCCUGGGUGCCUGCCUCCAUGGUACCCUGACCACUCUGCCUGCUGGCCUGAGUGACUUGGCCUGCUUAGCCCACCUGGACCUGAGCUUCAACAGACUGGAGACGCUGCCGCCUUGCAUCCUGGAGCUGCGCAGCUUGGAUGCACUGCUGCUUUCUCAUAACCGUCUCUCGGAGCUGCCCGAGGUCCUGGGGGCCCUGCCUGCCCUCACCUUCCUCUCUGUGAGGCACAACUGCCUAGAAAAGCUACCCGCAACCCUGGGGUCCCUGUCCACUCUUCAGCGUCUUGAUCUCUCUGAGAAUCUUCUAGACGCCAUACCCUCUGAGAUUGGAAACCUGAGCAACCUCAGUGAGCUCAAUCUGGCCUCCAACCGACUGCAGAAUCUCCCAGCCUCCCUUGCGGGGCUACGGUCCCUGCGGCUCCUUGUUCUGCACAGCAACCUCCUGACCUCAGUGCCCACUGGCCUGGCCCACCUGCCACUGAUCACUCGGCUUGACCUAAGGGACAACCAGCUCCGGGACCUGCCUGCUGAGCUCCUAGACGCCCCCUUUGUGCGCGUGCAGGGGAACCCUCUGGGUGAGGCCUCUCCAGCACCCCCAAGUCCCCCAGACAUAGCCCAGAUUCCGGAAAUGCCCAGGCUCUUCCUAACCUCGGAUUUGGACAGCUUCCUUGUGACUCCCCAUGGCUGUUCUGUGACCCUGGCCUGUGGUGUCCGCCUACAGUUCCCAGCAGGAGCCACCACCACGCCCAUCACCAUCCACUAUCGACUGUGGCUGCCGGAGCCUCACCUGGUCUCCCUGGGACCUCAUGACUUCUUGCUAAGUGGUGUUCUGGAGUUACAGCCCCAUGGGGUGGCUUUCCAGCAGGAUGUGAGCUUAUGGCUGCUGUUCGUCCCCCCACGAGUCCAACGCUGCCGUGAGGUAGUUGUAAGGACGCGGAGUGACGACAGCUGGACUGACCUAGAGACCCACCUGGAGGAAGAGGCACCCAAGAGGCGCUGGGCUCGAUGCCAGGUGCCCCACUUCUCCUGGUUUCUUGUCGUUUUACGCCCAGUAUCCAACACUUGCCUGUUGCCACCAGAGGGAGCACUUUUGUGCUCCUCAGGUCAUCCUGGGGUCAAAGUCACCUUUCCUUCUGGGGCCACAGAAGAGCCUCGCCAAGUCUCCAUGCAGGUAGUACAUAUGGCUGGUCUAGAGCUGAGAGCUCUCCUGGAAGAGUCAGAAGCAUCAGUGAGCCCCUUGCUGUGCCUCUCACAGAGCGGGCCCUCCAGCUUCCUACAGCCAGUCACUGUGCAGUUGCCUUUGCCCCCUGGUGUUACAGGGUUCAGUCUGGACCGCUCCCACCUACACCUGCUCUACCGAACACCCUCGACAGCCACCUGGGAUGACAUCACCACUCAGGUGGCGCUGGAACUCACCCACCUGUACGCACGCUUCCAGGUCACACACUUCUCCUGGUACUGGCUCUGGUAUACCACCAAAACCUGUGUAGGGGGCCUGGCACGGAAGGCCUGGGAACGGCUGCGGCUGCACCGCGUGAACCUCAUUGCACUGCAGAGGCGCCGGGACCCUGAGCAGGUCCUGCUGCAGUGCCUACCCCGCAACAAGGUCGAUGCCACCCUGUGCCGGCUGAUGGAUCGAUACCGUGGCCCUGAACCCUCUGACACCGUGGAGAUGUUUGAGGGUGAGAAGUUCUUUGCAGCCUUUGAGCGGGGCAUUGAUGUAGAUGCUGACCGUCCAGACUGCGUGGAUGGCAGGAUCUGCUUUGUUUUCUAUUCACACCUGAAGAAUGUAAAGGAGGUGUACAUCACCACAGCCUUGGACCGGGAAGCUCAGGCUGUCCGAGGCCAGGUGUCCUUUUAUCGGGGUUCACUUCCCGUGGAGGUGCCUCAGGAAGCUGAGGCUGCCCGGCAGAGGAAGGGCACAGAUGCACUGUGGAUGGCCACCUUGCCCAUCAAGCUGCCGAGACUCCGGGGGCCCCAGGGAAGUGGGCAGGGGACAGACUUCUCCCUGAUGCCUCUGAACCUGGGUGAUGCAGAAACUGGUUUCCUGACUCAGAGCAACCUGUUGAGUGUGGCCUCACGCCUAGGUCCUGAUUGGCCAACCGUGGCCCUGCACCUCGGUAUGCCCUACCGUGAGCUACAGCGUAUCCGGCAUGAGUUCAGGGAUGACCUGGACGGGCAGAUCCGCCACAUGCUCUUCUCCUGGGCUGAGCGCCAAGCUGGACAGCCUGGGGCUGUGGGACACUUGGUGCAGGCCCUGGAGCAGAGUGACCGGCAGGAUGUGGCUGAAGAGGUGCGUGCCAUCUUGGAGCUCGGCCGUCACAAGUAUCAGGACAGCAUCAGGCGCACAGGACUGGCCCCUGAGGACUCCCCUCUGCCUGGCACCUCAGCUUCACAGACCCCAGAGUCUACCCAGGCCUAGGCUCAGACUUAAGCUGGCCCUUGACUUUCCUUGACCAGUGGGCAGAGCCCUCCCUAUCCUUCUACCUCACCUGUGUGGCACAGUGCCCCAGCAUACAGAAACUCCUCAUGGCUUUAAAAGCUUGGCUUAUUUACGAGUUGAGAUAGGUCUUACUGUCUAGCCCAAGCUAGCCUCCAGCUCCCCGUGUAUCUCUGGGAUUGAUUACUUAUAAGAUAGAGGGAGGGGUGCCUAAGUGAUCGGAAACCUAGUCCUCCCUUUAAGAUGAGGGCAGAAAAGGCCUGGAGAGAUGACUCAGCAGUUAACAGCACUGGCUGCUC